AUCGUAGAAUAAAAGGCUGUAAUGACGGGUUCAUUAUCGUAAGCCUGACUUUUCACUUUUCAGAUCUCUCCCUCUCUCUCUCUCUCUCUCUUUCUACCUUAGACCCAAAGCGAAGACCUUUCUCUGGCUUCAACAACUUGGGGCUUUAUCAUUUCCACAAGAGCUCAGGGACAUGUCAGAUUCGACUGCAUUUAGGUGCUCUAAUUGAUUACUGGACCAUAUCUGCUUUUAAUUGUUGUUUGCUAGCUGAAAAAUGUCAUGUGAUGAAGUGCUGAAGGCUGUUUUCCCUUUGCUGGAUGGCAUAGACCUUGCUUCUUGUAUGGCAGUUUGCAAACAGUGGAGAGAUAUAGCCCGAGAUGAUUACUUUUGGAAAUGCCUAUGUGCCAAGAGAUGGCCUUCAAUUUGCAAGAGGCCUAGCCCUCCAACUGUGACCUACUUCAAGCUCUAUCAAACAUUUAAUAAGCGACAGCAUCGUCAAACCCUGCUUCCCCCAAGACUUUCUUUUGAUGAUUUAGAUUUUUUCAUCGAUAUUUGGACUGAAGAAAAAUUUAUCUUCUCGGAAGUUGUUCCAGGCCCUGUUUUGCUGACUGGAAUCAGAGUCCCACCACCUGGAAUUUGUGAUAUACUUAGAUUUCACCUUGACGGUCCUGAUUAUAAAAUGAUUCUACCUGUUGAGCCAAGAGUCAAGAUUCCUUUGAGCCAGACUGUGAGUGUUUCAGUGCUUGUAGGGCGCAAAGAUUCCAACAAAGUUGCUCGUGUCAUUAAUAGAUCUAUGUUUGAUUAUAUAGAUCGGACUGCCUACAGGGCUAUGGCAUUUGAGUACCUUGAUUUCUCCCCAGUUCACCCAUUUAUUCCUGGUAUCCGAGCAUGGAUAUCUUUGCUCUUCAUGGAAGAUGGAAAUGAGGGUGUCAUUGAUGUUUUUGGGAUUGAAAUGGAUUUCCGUGAUGCUGCAAAUUCCAGGGAGGAGGUUUUGUGGCUAUUAGACAUGCUUGAUUGGAAGUGAAGUGUGGAACUGUGAUGACCAAACUAAGAGGUGAGGAACUAAGCUCAAUAAGUUGCGGUUCAUGAUGCAAGGGGGACUGUCCAGGGAGAAUAGUUCAAAGGCCUUCAUCCUCGGUGGAAUUCUGGUUUUGUUAUGUCAUUUUAUUAUUUUUUUAAAGUUUGUACAUAUUUUCUUCUUUGUUGUGGUCAAUGCAUAUGAACAUCUGUUUUUCGUUGAAGCUCCCUUGACAUCUUAUCUCCCAUCUGGUAUGUGAUCAUGGGGUCUUGCGCUUAUCCGUAGGUUGACUUAGUUGAAACAGUGUGAUAAUAUCUUUGCAUAAUUCAGCAAUGAUUAUUAAAGUAUUGUUCAAGGUA